UGAUGACUGAAAACACUGGCUGCAGAAUGUAGUUGUUUGUCUCCUUGUUGGCUGUCAUUCCAUCCUUAUCGGCAGAUAAUCAGCCGCACUAUUUGCUGUGGGUAUACAGGAGCUUGUAUAUAAAUAAGGAGCAACCCACAGCAAGAAAAGAGACAGCGACAGUCAGCUUCUGCGGUGCAUUAUUUCCUUCAUUACUAGACUUGCGGCUGAAAUAAUGGCUCAGCUUUUCCUUUGCUUCCUCUUAACCUUUGCAGCACUGGAACCAUUGGCAUCAGAAGCAGCAGCAUCAGCAUCGUUUCUCUCGGUCAAUGGUUUCUCCUGGUCCAACUGUGAUGGAGAAAGCCUUCCUGGCAAAAUAAAAAGCCUCUCUGUCAAUCCAAAUCCCAUUAACAUCCCAGGAGACCUGACUGUUUCUACAGUUCUUGAAACCAAAGUUCCAUUGACUUCCCCAGUAAAGGUCAUUAUAACUGCCGAAAAGGAGCUACUGGGGGAAUGGAUGAAGGUCCCCUGCCUUGACAACAUUGGGAGCUGCACCUACGACAAUGCCUGUGAACUGAUUGAUACUAUAUUUCCACCAGGGCAACAAUGUCCAGAGCCUCUGCGUACCUAUGGCCUUCCCUGCCAUUGUCCCUUCAAAGAAGGUGUUUAUUCUCUCCCUGACACCACUCUGACUUUGCCUAACGUGGAUCUCCCAUCUUGGCUUGCCAACGGCAAUUACCGCAUCACUGGAAUCCUAAUGGCAGACAACAAGGAGAUUGGCUGUGGCAAAUUCACAUUCUCCCUGGAGUCCUCAUCUUGGUGGUUUUGAAGAAAACUGGUCCUUCUGUGAAGAAGAGAAAAAAAAAAUUAAAAAAAGAUGUGUAACCCUUAAAUGAUUAACCCUGUCCCCCCUAAUGUCAAUGACCUCACUUCUACUACAGAUUCACCAUACGAUGGAGGUAUGGACAUGGGCCAUAACUAAUUAACAUUAAAAUAAUAUUUUUUAGGGUAAUUCUUCUCUGGCUAAUUUGCUUUUAAAUUAUUCUUUUUUUUUUAAAUUGAGAACAUAUUUCAGAGUAUCUUUGCGGUUCUUAGAGGAUCUAGGUGGACUUAAGACCAUAAGAGAAUAAAAUUAGUGCCAAAAGUAAUGUCCAGUAGCAACACCUUGUGGUCACAGGGGGUCAUUUAUAAAUGCAAAGUACAGUGCAAUGUGCCAAAAUCAGGGCUAGUCAGUGUGCGACUGGGGUCCACCAGGCAGGUCUGGACUGAGAAUUAAAAUAGGCCCUGACAUUUCAGGUACACAGAGACCCAAACAGCCCACAAAGAGGCCCAAACAGCCCCCCACCAGCCCACUAAGGUGUGCCUUUCUAUGGCACCUCAGAGCAGCCCCUCUGGCAUUUGCCAGAACACACAGAUUGCCAGUCUGGGCCUUCCACCAGGGCUGCCAACUCAGGGGCCCUCCAAUCAGACGUGACCCCCACACCAGUCACAGCCCUCUUAGCCCCAGUCUAGGGUUGCCACCUUUUUUUCUUGUGAAAACAGCCAGGGGGCGGUUAAGUGAAGUAGGGGGGCAGGCUGGUGACAUGGGGAGGCAGGUGACAUCAGGGGUGGGACUGAUGUCUAGUGAUGGGCGAAUAAAUUCACCAGGCACUUAUUUGCGGUGAAUUUCCACGUUUCGCUGCUGGCGAAUACAUUUGUGAAUCUCCGGCGAAAAUUCCCCAGCGUCAAUUUCUGAUUUUCACAAUUUUUUCGUGAAAAUUUUCAAAUUGCUAGAUUUUUUUGUGAAAACAUUUGAAUUGCUCGAUUUUAAGGAAGACGUUGGAAUUGCUAAAUUUUUAAGUGAAAGCAUUUGAAUUUCAUGAUUUUUUCGUGAACUUUCUGAUUUCAUGAUUUUUCGUGCAUUUUUCAGCGAAACGGGAGAAAUUCGCCCAUCACUACUGAUGACGUGCCAAUCAUCGAUUGGCUGAUCACCAUGUCAUUCACUUCCAUGUCCUGUCUGGAUUUCCGAAUUCAGAAAAUCUCGACAUAAACUAUUGUGGUGCAGGUGAUGUAAGGGGCAGGACUGAUGAUGUAGCAAUCAGCGAUUGGCUAAUCACCAUGCCAUUCACUUCAUUGUCCUGUCCGUAUUUGCUAAUUUGGAAAUCAGGACAGGAACUUUUCACUUUUGGUCCUUGAAUCAAUACAUCCUCCUCUAAAAAGUAGAUGUAGUUGAACGGUGUACACUUGUCUCUCCUCUGUAUUGUUUCUGUGCAAGGAGGGGGAGGAGCCUCCACCCUCUGUGAGCUGACAGGAAGGAAUAGGGAGAAAGGAAGUGCUGCUAGGAGAGAGGAAGUGCUGCUGGGAGAGAGGAAGUGCUGCUGGGAGAGAGGAAGUGCUGCUGGGAGAGAGAAAGGGCUGCUGGGAGAGAGAAUCAGCAGAGUACAAGCAAAGUGCUGCAAGCUCCCAGAGUUUUCUGUGUGGGAAAGUUAGUAGGGAACCCCCAGUGGCAGAAAAGUGAGCUCUCUUUAGGGUGCGGAAGGAAAGGGGGUCCUUGUCAGGGCUCUGAAGAGCAAAGUGUGCUCUUGUCAGGGCUAAAACACCUGCUAAGGCCGAGGCCCAUAUUACUUAUUUACUAUUUUUUUAUAAAUUUGUAAUACCCUUAACAAAAGCCCUUGGCCCGCCCCCAAUCACUGGAAACAUAACUUUUCUCCGCCUUCUGGCCAUUGCACAAUGUGGCUCCACCCCCUUUUACAUCACAGUCUGCCCCCACCACUGGUCAGUAGAAAUUUUAUGAAAAGGUGGCAACCCUACUCAGGGCACGGAAAACCAAACAAAGUCCUUCUCAGCACUCAGAGAUCACCAGCUGUGUUAUUUGAGUGAAGUUGCUCCUGACUGGCAGGCUGCCUGUAUCACUGUAAUUUAAAGGAAUAGUGUCCUGCCAAAUAAAUCCACCAACCUUUCCACUGUGUAUGUAAAUUGCAGAUCAGAGAAGUUCCCAGGGAGGGGUAUUACAGUUCAGCCUGUCCUGACCUUGGGUGGAGGCACGGCAUUUUAUAGUGUCUCCUUUAUAGCGGAGGCGCAGGACUCCUGUAGCGCCACACGCAGGUAAAUGGGUGCCUGUGUUCCUUUCAGGAACGUCCUUUUCAUGUUGCACCUGAACAUGCAACUGGCUUGUAUGCUUAUGCCAUUUCCAGCACCCAAAGCAUUGCCUCAUCCUAAAUAGUGCAAUUUAUUUGUUAAGAAAAAACUGCAUGCAUCUGGCCCAUUCAGAGCUGGUGAUAAUUGAUAUCUCUGGCGGCAGCACAGAGGGAAUAUUUUCAGCACUGGUACUGGGUGCACAUCCUUCACUGGCCCACCCAUGGCUACAUACUCCACUGUGAACAUUGGGAAUUAAUGACAUUUUGGUAAAAACUGAUUUUGAUUACAGAUUUUGGUACUUUUCACUGGCUACAACCAUGAAUAAAAUCCCCUUUGUUUGUUGUAAUUACAGCUGUUUAACUUAAUAAUAGGCUCGACAAACAAAUUCCUACAAUGGCUCUAUCCUUUAAGAACCCUUUCAAAGGUAGAAUUUCUUGCUCUGAAUCAAAAGUGAAAGAUAGCAAUCAAUCAAAUAAAUCUUAUUAGUUUAUA